AGUGCCUGCCUUGCUUCCAUGCGGCUUUGUCCGUCAGUGCCGGGUGAAGAAGGUUCCUGCUGUGCACCGUGGUGCUUCCUAUAGCCGGCACCAUGCUUCUAGAGGCCAAGCCUGAGGACAUCACCGCGGUCACCGGGACCCUGAGUGCAGCUUCAGUGCUGUGUCAGGUAGAACCAGUAGGAAGAUGGUUCGAAGCCUUUAUCAAACGCAGAAAUAGGAGCGUUUCUGCCUCAUUCCAGGAGCUAGAGGAUGAGAAGGAAUCAUCAGAAGAGUCUGAGGAUGAAGCGUACCAGCUAGAAGAAUUUCCACGUUUAAAAUCUCUUGAUCCCAAGGAUUGGAAGAACCAAGAUCAUUAUGCUGUGCUUGGGUUGAAGAAUUUGAGGUACAAAGCCACACAGAAGCAGAUUAAAGCAGCCCAUAAAGCAAUGGUCCUGAAACACCAUCCUGAUAAGAGAAAGGCAGCUGGGGAGCAGAUCGUUGAGGGUGACAAUGACUACUUCACGUGCAUCACUAAAGCAUAUGAAAUUUUAUCCGACCCAUUGAAGAGAAGAGCAUUCAACAGCAUUGACCCAACCUUUGAUAAUUCUACCCCAUCCAAGAAUGAAGGCAGAGACAACUUCUUCGAAGUGUUUAAUCCUGUGUUUGACAGAAAUAGCAGGUGGUCGAACACAAAAAAUGUCCCAAAGCUUGGAGAUAUGAAAACCUCUAUUGAAGACGUUGAUUCAUUUUAUUCUUUCUGGUAUAACUUUGAUUCUUGGAGAGAAUUUUCAUACUUGGAUGAAGAAGAAAAAGAAAAGGCUGAAUGUCGUGACGAGAGGAGGUGGAUUGAGAAGCAGAACAGGGCUGCCAGAGCACAAAGGAAAAAAGAAGAAAUGAACAGAAUAAGAACAUUAGUUGACAAUGCGUAUAGCAGCGACCCUAGAAUAAAGAAGUUCAAAGAGGAAGAAAAAGCCAGGAAAGAAGCAGAAAAGAAAGCCAAGGCUGAUGCCAGACGGAAAGAGCAGGAAGAAAAAGAAAGGCAAAGACAAGCGGAACUGGAAGCUGUUCGACUCGUAAAAGAGAAGGAAGAUGAGGAGGCACGGCAACAAGCACAACUAGCAAAGAAGGAAAAAGAAAUACAGAAGAAGGCAAUAAAGAAAGAACGGCAGAGACUGCGGACCUCUUGCAAAAAUUGGAAUUACUUUUCUGAUAAUGAAGCAGAAAGUGUGAAAAUGAUGGAAGAAAUUGAAAAAUUGUGUGACCGCCUUGAACUUGCCAGUUUACAGUCCCUGAAUGAGGCACUUUCAGCAAGCUCAAAAGAAGAAGGGAAAGUUGCUGUAGAAAAACAGAUUGUUGAUGUAAAUGCCCAACUUAAAAAAGAGAAAGAACAGGAAGAGGCUCGUAUGAGACAAUCUACAAAAGGUGCAGAUCAGUCUGCUACAGGAGGAAGUGGAGGCAGCGGCAAGUCUUGGUCAGAAGAUGACUUACAGUUAUUGAUAAAAGCUGUGAACCUAUUUCCUGCUGGAACUAAUGCAAGAUGGGAAGUGAUUGCUAAUUACAUGAAUUUGCAUUCAGUCUCUGGGAUUAAAAGGAAUGCAAAGGAUGUCAUCAAUAAAGCAAAAUCUCUUCAAAAACUAGAUCCCCAGCAAAAGGAUGAUAUAAAUAAGAAAGCAUUUGAUAAAUUCAAAAAGGAGCAUAAAGUUGUUCCUCAAUCUGUGGAUAAUGCUGUGCCUUCAGAGAGGUUUGACGGCACAGGUUCAGACUCUACACCCUGGACCACUGAAGAACAAAAACUUCUAGAGCAAGCUUUAAAGACCUAUCCUGUGAAUACACCAGAGAGAUGGGAAAAAAUAGCAUCUGCUGUCCCUGGCAGGUCCAAGAAGGACUGCAUGAAGCGAUACAAGGAACUGGUCGAAAUGGUGAAAGCUAAGAAAGCUGCACAAGAACAAGUUGUAAAUGCAAAAACCAAGAAAUGAGACUUUUGGAACUGUGU